CCUGCCCUGGGUGUUGCCAUCAGGGCCUCUGCAAAGCCAAUCGUUUGUCCUGCUGUCCUGCAGAGCAAGAUGGGGAUCAUGGCUGUCCUGAUGCUGCCCCUGCUCCUGCUGGGGAUCAGUGGCCUGCUCUUCAUUUAUCAGGAGGCAUCCAGGCUGUGGUCAAAGUCUGCCGUGCAGAACAAAGUGGUCGUCAUCACCGAUGCCAUCUCAGGACUGGGAAAGGAGUGUGCUCGGGUGUUCCAUGCAGGUGGGGCAAGACUGGUGCUGUGUGGAAAGAACUGGGAGGGGCUGGAGAGCCUCUACGCUACCUUGACCAGUGUGGCUGACCCCAGCAAGACAUUCACCCCAAAGUUGGUCCUCUUGGAUCUCUCAGACAUCAGCUGUGUUCAAGAUGUUGCCAAAGAGGUCCUGGACUGCUAUGGGUGUGUGGACAUCCUCAUCAACAACGCCAGCGUGAAAGUGAAAGGGCCUGCCCAUAAGAUUUCCCUGGAGCUCGACAAAAAGAUCAUGGAUGCCAACUACUUCGGACCCAUCACCUUCACCAAAGGUCCUGUGAGUCUCAUUUUCCUCUGGGUCUGUGGGCCACCAAAUGCCAUGGAAAGGCCUAUGGUGCCACCAGGUGGCCAUCUGGUUCUAGAAAGAUUUCUUCAACCCAAGAAAGUUCAGAAUUUGAACACCGAAAGCUUUCGGGUCCCCAGCUGUAAAUGUUGGCCACAAAAAGGAAGUGUCUUGCCAGUGUAUUCUCACUUCACUGUGAAACUCUGCCCCCGAUUCACAUUCCACUCGGUAGCUCUCUCGUUGUACCCAAUCCACAGCUCCCCUGUGAGUCUGUCUCUCUGGGCCACUGUCUUCAGCUUUUGCCUAAGUUUUGCUACAAAGGCCUUACAGUUGUUCUUCCCUCACCGUGGGAGCUGGUCAAAGGUUCUGUCUUCAGAAAUGAAGGAGAUGGGGCUGGGAGACGGCUCGGAGGGUAAAGCGCUGGUCCAAGGCGAGCAUGAGGACCAGAUUCCCAGCACAACAUAAAAGCUAGGCAUGGUGGCACACGGUUGCAAGCUCAGCUCUGGGCAGGGGUAAGAUAAGAGGAUCCCGGGAGCUUGCCGGCCAGCCAAUUUAGUCAAAAUAGCAAGAUCCGGGUUCAGUGACAGUCCCUGUCUCCAAAAGGAAGAACAGUCAAAGAAGACACCCAAAGUCGACCUCUGGCCUCUAUGUGUGCAUUCAG